AGUUUUAUAUGAGAGUUUCAUAUUGCACACAAACUACAAUCCCAUCGUUUUCUACAUAGAUAUAGCGUUAUAUUUGUGAUGUUUAGUUUUUAUUGCAGAAAUAGCAAUGCUUUAAUGUGAUACAAACUUAUAUACGUUUAUUUUAAAAAUAGGACUCGUAUUAUAUUUUUCCAAAAUGUAACUUUUUUGUGCUAAAUCAUUUGCGUUUAGUAUGUUUACAAAAUACAAAAAUCCAUGAACUUAAGGAGUUAAUGCAAUGUAAGGCAAAAAUACACAGAUAAUACAUAAUGGCUCCAACGACCCAUACUACAAAGCCAAGCGGAGCGGUUUCCACAGCCGCUCCAGCGACGUUACCUAUGUUAAACCAUGUCGUUUUAUCACAGUCACUGAGGAAGCAGGCUAAAGCCGCUGCACCGUAAAUAGGUGAAUGGUCGCUGGCUGUUACUGUUACACUAGUUACUAUUCCACCGCUCUUUUAAAGGGGAUUGUGAGGAGAGGCGUGUUCGCGAGGUGGCUGAAGCUCCGCUGCGGUCCUGCUGCAAUUCAGAGAAUGCAGCGCUGUUUUGUGCUGAUGAUGUUCUGUGUCUGACCUCACUUUACCACACCGUGGUGUGUGAAAGCAGCCCCAGCCUGAGCUCCAGCCUCAGCCUCAGCCCAGCCCGGUCGCUCCUCCACCAUAGACAGCAUGCAUUGUGUUGCGUGUGGUGCAUUGUACGCGCAUCGAGGAAAUCUCCUUUAUGGUCAUUGAUAGAGGCUAAAAUGGACGAGUCGUCGCUGCUGGAUUUACUCGAGUGCUCCGUUUGCCUGGAGCGGCUGGACACCACGGCCAAAGUGCUGCCCUGCCAGCACACCUUCUGCCGCCGCUGCCUGGAGAGCAUCGUGAGCUCCCGUAACGAGCUCCGUUGCCCGGAGUGCCGGAUACUGGUGGACUGCGGAGUCGAAGAGCUGCCGGCGAACAUCCUGUUAGUGCGGCUGCUGGAUGGGAUUAAGCAGCGGCCGGGCAGCGGAGGGAGAGCGUCCCCGGGAUGUGCGGUCGGCAUCUCGGCUUCCCCUCCGGGAACAGCGGUCCGAGACCUACCCAUAGCCACUCGGAGCUCUCCGAUCAAGAAUGUUCCGCAGCUGCCCUGUGGGAAGGCUCUCUACAGCUACGAAGGCAAGGAGCCUGGCGACCUCAAGUUCAACAAGGGCGACAUCAUCAUCCUGCGGCGUAAGGUGGAUGAGAACUGGUACCACGGCGAGCUUAAUGGCAGUCAUGGGUUCCUACCUGCCAGCUACAUCCAGUGCAUCAAGCCGCUGUCACAGCACCCCCCCCAGGGCAAGGCCCUUUACGACUUUGAGGUCAAGGACAAGGACCAGGACAAGGACUGCCUGACGUUCACCAAGGAUGAAAUCCUGACUGUGAUCCGAAGAGUGGACGACAACUGGGCCGAGGGAAUGCUGGGAGAUAAGAUUGGGAUUUUCCCCAUCCUGUAUGUGGAGCUCAACGAGACAGCCAAGCAGCUGAUAGAGAUGGACAAGCCGAACGGCGUGUCCGGGUUCAGUGCCGAUCCCGGCCUGACGGCAGGUCUGAGUCCGGGGCUCAGCUCCACACCGAAUGGCGGCGGGCCGGCCAGCGCCAUCAACCGCCGCAUCGACGGCAAGAAGAACGCCAAGAAGAGGCAUUCAUUUACGGGGUUGAGCAUCACCCAGCGCACCGCCCAGGCGCUUUGCAGCCGGCACUCCAUGGAGAUCAGCGCGCCCGUGCUUAUCAGUGCGUCGGACCCCCGCGCCGCCGCCCGCAUCGCCGACUGCCCCCACCUGUCCUCCAGCGCCCCCUCACAGGACUCCUCUUGCUCUUUUGUUGGGACCCCCGUGGCAGCAGUGGUGGCGCCCUCUAGGGGCUCUCCUACUCCGGGGGACCUGCUGACCGCCGCAAAGGUGCAGCUGCCCCUGAACAUAUAUCUGGCCAUGUACGUCUACAGACCCCAGAAGGCCGACGAGCUGGAGCUGCGCAAGGGCGAGAUGUACCGCGUCACUGAGAAGUGUCAGGACGGUUGGUUCAAGGGCACGUCGCUGCGCAGCGGCGCCUCCGGAGUCUUCCCAGGGAACUACGUCACCCCCGUGUCCAGGGCCUCGUUCGCGGUGGGGCAGCCCCGCACCUGCCUUUCCGGUUCCGUCCAGGGGGGCUCCCCGGGGCACUCGUCACGCUCCCCCGCCGGCCCCUUGCCCUCCUCCUCUUGCCCUUCCUCUGCCGCAUCCUCUCCACAGCUGCCCCCUGCCGCCGUUCACCUGAAGAACUGCCUGCGUGGGGUGGGGGGCGUCCAGUCGGGCACCGGACAGACGCGGCCGGGCCUGCAGCUGGUACGCAGUCCCCCAGCAGGCAGCCCAGAGCGCCCCCUAGCGGCCGUGCCCCCACUGCGAGUGCAGGGCUCCCCCUCUCGCUCCCCAGGCCCAUCGCCCCGCCCUCUUUCCAUGCUGUCCCCCACUGCUCGCCCUGCCAUCCCGCUAACCUCCGCCGCGGCCGCCAUAACCCCGCCCAAUGUCAGCGCCGCCCAGCUCGCCGUGAACGGCACGGCUGGCCCCCUGCAGCCCCCCUCCCCCGCUCACACCCAGGGUGCCGUGGCCAACACGCCCAAGCUCGAGGAGAAGAAGGCCGAGAAGAAAGAGAAGAAGGCCGGGGGCCUCCUGAAGCUCCUCUCCGGAGCGGCGGCAAAGAAGAAGUCACGCUCCCCUCCCUCGGUGUCCCCGACACACGAUCCGCCCUCCCAGGCCGCGGGGGAGGUGCUGCCCCCGCAGGGUGCCGUGGGCCCAGGCCUGUACGCCAGCCACACCCCUGGCCACUCCCCCGGACACGGGCGCGCCGGCUCCUGCCCCAUCGAGAGCGAGAUGCAGGGCGCCAUGGGCAUGGAACCACUGCACAGGAAGUCGGGCUCCCUGGACCUCAACUUCUCAGUGUCGCCUCCCAGCCGGCAGCCCUGCGCCGCUCUGCUGGCCCUGCGGCCCGAGCCCAAGCCUUUGUCCCGAGAGAGGUUCCGCGUGGUGGUGCCCUACCCCCCCCAGAGCGAGGCGGAGAUCGAGCUGAAGGAGGGAGACAUCGUCUUCGUGCACAAGAAGCGGGAGGACGGCUGGUUCAAAGGCACCCUGCAGCGGACGGGCCGCACUGGGCUCUUCCCCGGCAGCUUUGUGGAGAGCUUCUGAGGGUCUCUCCGCAUUCUUCUGGCGAUUCAGCAACAAUAAGAGUGCUCAUGGUGGGGGGGUGGAGGUGACUUUAGUCGGUACUACCCCCGUGAGAUUUCCCGGGUCUCCCAGAAAGGGCAGCACAACCACAUGAUGGGGUGAAGACUGGAUAAUGGAAGGAGAAAUGGAGGCCUGUCAUGACCCUCUCUGCAAGCAGACAGCACAGCAGACUCUAUUUAUCACAGACUCGAGCUGCUCUUGGGGGUGGGGGCUUCCAGAACCUUCUCCCCUCACUAGCACCACCUUCCGCCCCUUGGACCUGCCAGCACUGGUGUUCCUCCUCUUUACUACUGUCACUAAGUUGCUGUCCAGGAGCUGCUGUGGACUCUAUGUGUCCCCCUGGUGGCAGAGCUGCAGUCUGCAGGAGCCUGACAGCACAUGGCCAGCAUCUGGGGUUGACGUAGGAGGCCCCUGGCCGCAAAGAAGAGCCCCACAGCCGCACAGGCAAUACAGAGCACUACAGAGUGUCACAGGAUGUUUGUACAACCAUCUCUGUAAGUGUGUGGCCGAAGCCACAAUGUCAUAAGACACCAUGUUUUACAGCUAUAAAUAGUAGUUUUUAUUGUGAGCAUUUCCAUGUACAGUUUGUUUCGAGAAGACGAUCAUCUUUUUGCUAAUCUUUUCACGAAAGAGUGUUUUAAGGAGCCCUGCUGUGAAAACACCUGAGUGUGUUUAGCGCCUCCUUGAUUUCCAGAUGGUUCUUCUGACAGAGAGACCGGUCACUGUGGGCUGAGCCCCUUGUCAGAAGGUGUGAACCAUCAUUUACGACAAACGUUUUAACCAUGGAAGCAGCCGGUACUCAAAGCACAGCGUUACUAUUCUCAGGCAGACAGGUGCCCGGUGCGGGAGAGAGCAGCACAGGUGUUUAAAGUGGCCUCAUCACAUGGUGUGGCACCGGGAAAGCCCAGCUGAGUGUGCUCUGUAAGUCACAUGGUCUAAUGAUGGCACCAUGUCAAUCUCGGAACUGUGUUCUGCUUCACACUAUUUAUCCAUCUGUGUUCUAGGAGUGAUUAUAGGGUUUUGUUAAGGUGAGGGGCAUAAGAAGGGUCAUAAUUCAUUGAGAAGGAUCAACCUUACCAUUAACGAAUGGCAUGUUUUAAGUCUGUGACAGGGGAGGGGCAAUCCAGGGGCCAAUCAGCUGUCAGCUGAGGCCAGUGUCCCUGUGGCCCCACCCCUGUAUACACCCUGCUGUCUCCUGUGCUAAAGAAUACAGUGUAAAAUGGGAAUUUUGCAGAAUUUUAGUUUUAUUAACAUGUAAUCAUGUUGGAUUAGUAAUUUCAUCCAUCAGACUCACAAGUCUAAAAAAACAUAUCAUUCUCAUGGGGUCCGUCCUCAGCUAAUGAAAUGUGAGACAUGUUGGCAAAACUUCUCCAGCACUCACCAGUAUCACUGUGAUCGGGCACCUUCUCUGAGGUGAAGCCUCUUAGCCCCACCGUAAAUGAUCUUUGUCAGUCUUAUAAGUGGAUCUGGACGUGUGCCGUCCUGCAUUGGACUGAGUAUGUCUGGCAUGGGAGCCAGGCUGCACGCACGGAGCAGCAGUGGACAGUGUGUGGCUCCGCAGGUUAGAACACUGUGCAUAUGACCAGAAGGUGGCCAGUUCAAACCCCAGGAUCAGCAUAGUGAUUUCAUAGUUGGGCCUCUAAGCAAGACUCUUAACCCCAGUUGUUUCUGGGACUGUCUGCCCUGGUUUUCGCAAAAAAUGUAUGUUGCCUUGGCUAAAAGUGUCUGAUAGAUAAAAACGUAAAUAUGUUGGGGCAGAAUCACAGGUGUUUCCUGAAGGCUUAAAGGUGAUUUCACAUCUCCAAGUUGCCUUGCUCUGACCUGUCACAUCCCUCUGCUCCUGACAGCAGGGGGCAGCACACAUCAAGUGGACACUGUAGGGCAAGUAUGAAGCACAGGGAGUCCUAGAAACUAGGGCUCCUUUAAGACUUUUCCUCAGACACGUUCACACACCAGCACACAUAGCGAUGAGAGUGCAGGCUUAGGUUUUCUCCCAGUGGAGGUAAAGCACAAGGUCGCCUCUGAUGGCAGAUACAUAGAGGGCAUUGCAGCUGUUGAUCUUAUUGUUCUUGACAUUCCCAUGGAUGCCCUCAGCCUGGUUGACGCUGCGCACAGGAAGCGUUGUGUCUGCCAGUGAGGACCAUUCCAAAAUGUGAUGUUCAGCAACUGGAGUGUUUGCCAGAUCGUCGGUGAACCUUUAACACUGCUGAAAAGAAAUCGCUCUGAAUAAAGGUGAAGGUUGCCAAAGCUGUGUGGGUAUGUUCCCUCCGCAUUCAUGAUUCCCAGGCUGCCUCAUUGUCAUGUCAACACUGUCUUGUGGUAGUGAGCUGUGACGUGUUUUCUUUUCCAGUCAAGUGCAUUUGAGAAAUAAAUGCCAUUAUUUAAAAGUG